AGGCGCUGCCUUGGGGCAAUCAACUAUAUACCAUGAAUAAAACCAGGCACCAGUCUCUCUUCUUUGUCAGUCUACCAGAGCUGCAAAAACUCUGUGCUGCUACAGUAACACUGAGUUCUCAGAUACCGGAAGCUGAGACAAGGAGUACACAGAUAAAAACUUGCAGACAGUUAUUAUUCCUGUAUCAAGAGAUCCUUUCUGCACCUGUUAUUGGAACACUGAAUCAAAUUUCAGUUGUAAUGGCGAUACCGUUUUACAACUCAGGAAUAUGUCAAGCCUAUGUAGAGAGACAAGGAGCUACUCUGGAAGGACCGCAAACAGUUACUCCAGCCAUCCUUCAAACCUGUCUCUCCUAUACGCUUACAGCCAGACUUGCACCCAACUGGAACAAGGCUGGCCAUCUCUUGGUGCAAGGAAAAGACUUUCUAUCUCAUUCAGGAAGGCAAAAUGCUGUUGUUGUAGACCUCAAUGUGUCAGAGAGACAGCUCUGCAUCAGUGUGGAGGCUUGCUCUAUUCGUUUGCCACCCCCUGAGCUGGGAGAUUUCGAUAUUUCAGAAAACACUGUAAAGCAGUUUGACAGCAAUGAAAAUGCAGUUAUUCACCAACAUUCCAUAUUAAGUAACUGGUGCUAUGUUUUGCCAAGCAUGAAAAUGGGUCAGAUCAUAAACAUCACCCAUAUAAUUCCACCAGAAUCUCCUUUCCGUUCAUAUAAAGAAUUUCAGGUGCACUGGAAGAGUUUGUAUGGUUAUAUUCUUCCUGAGGAUCUUGAAGAGACAAAAAUAUACUUGAGUGUUUACUUCAAACCAAUAGGGGAAAGGUUCUUCACGUAUCCUUUAAGUUGCGUUCGUAGCCAGCCAGUGCAGUAUUUCCCUAGAACAGAUGCAGAAAGUGUAGUGAACUCUUUUGUUUCUGACAUGAAGAGCAAUCUUUCACAACUGUGUGGAUUCCCAGUGAAGAUGACAAGUAAAGCACUUUAUGGUACACAAGAACUCUCCAGGGCUCUGGAAAUAAAAUCUAAGCAUAUGAAAUUGGAUGGUGAGAUGGUUUGUGUAGUAUCUCUAACGCAGGCUCCUCCAAGGAAUCCGACUUUGCCUAGACUUCCUUCCCCGUGCAGUACGGAAACCAGCCACUGGAUGGAGCGUUUGCUCAAAGAGCCAGGAACACGCAGUUUUUCGAGUAGCAGCGAAGGCGCAGGAGAGGUUAGCACUGAAGCAACAGAGAAAUCAAUGAAUAAUAAGCAAAUACCAGGAGUACCGGAGUUACCAGUUGCGAAAUCUUUAGGAAUACCCGUAAACUUAGCCUUUGAAUUCCCUCCCCCAAAAGUCAGCAAAAUUAUACCAAUUUUCAAAGGAAAGUUGAUGCAAAUGAACGGGAAGGCCACAAAUCAAAUGGAUAGGAAGAAAAGGGAAAAUACUGAAAGACCAAUACAAGUUAUGGGUGUUUCAUCUUCUGUGCUGUCUGUGCACAAGUCCAGCAUAACUCAGGUUUUCAAACAAGAUCAAAAUUUGCCAGUCAAAAAUCCUACUGACAGCAGCAUAUUUCAGGUAAUGAAAACAAAAACACGCACAAAACAUGGUACACCCAUAUUUCAAUGGAAAACAGAGUCUGGUGGACAAAUUACUAACUCUGAUUUUUCUGAAAACUCAACUUCAGGUGGGAAUUCAAGUGAAGUCAACCACAAAAAGACAAAUUCUUCUUUCUUUCUUAAGAAUGUUGAGCCAGUGCUUCAGAAAUCCAACACCAAUCUGAGUCUGAAUGCAUAUGAAUCUCCUAUUUCCAGUGCAAGAAGGGGAAAAAAGUUUGCAAGUCAAAAUACCCUGCAAGUUCUUCAGGAACAACUCCAGUCAGAGGAAGUGCACUCGCAGAUUUGUAAAUUAGACAAUGAAAUUACAAAUUCCGGUUUAUCACUGCAACAAACAAAGAGAUCAAAUAAAGGCAUGGGGUUAAAUAUUCAUGAAUCUGUCUUCAAAGGUAUAGUUUGCAUUGCCAGAAGUGAAGAAAAUAAAGCAUCAUGCCAUUCUAAGGACUAUAUCGCUAAGACAACCAGUCAUCAUUCCAAAUCUAAUUUUGAACAGAUGAUUACAGGGAACAAGUAUCUGACAUGUGAAACACUGACCUCAGAACUGACUUCAUCAGUCAAGGAGAACAAUAUGGAAGAAUCUGUAAAGAAAGGUUGUGCCAGAAGAAGACAGGUUUCCAAGAGGGCAUACUUGAGGAUCUUCAAGCUUUGUGUAUUUAGCUCUGUUUGUCAUUGGUACCUGUUUCUUCAUGAAAAACUGAGUGUUAAAUACAGUUAAGUGAAUCCUUGUAUCAGCAACGUCUCCAGACAGUUCAGGUUAAUAAGAUUCUAAUGAACUUAAAAAAUUAGCUAAAUUGUUUAGUUUUUGAAUCACAUUAUAUCUGUCCUAGUACCUGCUUACACAGUUAAUCAUUCUUUCAAGUUAUUUUGAUGUUUCAAGUCUGAUUUGUAAAGAUAUAAUAUCUAAUUCUUUCCUAUAAUGUCUGGACCACUUUGUUUCAUCAGUAAAACAUUCCUAAAUAAGUUUUCCUUGUCAAAUCAAAUGCUUAGAAAAUAAAAAAUAAUUUUAUUCUUAGGGGAAUGAUCUGAAGGCCAGGUUUAAUUAAAGCUUCAUUAAUUCUUAUUGUAAUUUUUGACAAAUUUUCAGAAAUGAAACUACUCUGUAAAAGACUUGUUUUAAGUUUAAUUGACAAGCUAUUCUCCAGGAGUUUAUGCAGAAUAUGUAGUUGCCCUUUGGUUAAUUUUAUCACCAUAAGUAUAUCUUCAAUGACCUACUCAAAGGUGCAGUUACAAAUAUAAACAUAUAUAUAUGGUUGUUGCCCCAUAAUCACUGUUUUAAAGUGAACCUUAUUACUUUACCUGGAACAUAAGAAUUCAAUGUCACCCUAGCUCCUAAACUCAAGCAUUAUAGAACUGAAGUUUAACACUUGUUUUAGAUAUACAUUUGCAAAUCUUUUUUUCCUAAAGCAACUGAUACAGUAGAACUUUAUGUGCUUUAUGAAAAUUUUUAAUGUUUAUAUUGCCACAUCUGUAUUUUUAUUUGCCUCAUUUUUCAAAGCAGGAUUUUGCCCUACUACUAUGACAACUUUUGGUUUGUUUUGUUGUGGAGUUUUUUUGAGUGGUGACUGCUAACAUAGCUUAAAUUUCAUGGUGCAAGUGUUUAAAAGGAAGUGGGCACUUCAACAAUAUGUCAUUUUCUCAUACAUAAUAUAAAAACAUACAAGCCAAGACAAAUAUCACAAAACUUUGAGCAAUAUGCAAGAAAUCAAAUUAUAUUUACAUUCUAUCCGGAAAUUUGUAUACAAAGCUAAUUUUCAAAUUCUGUUGGGUUAGUUACUCUUUUAUAGAUUUAACCUUAUGUAAUUGAUCCUUUACUUGUCCUACAACAUGGUAAAGCCUGUAGAGCAGUUGCACUUCUACCAUGCUAUAUAAAUUAGUGCUUUACCUAAUCUGUUUCCUGUUGUUGCUGUUAAGAUGCUGCUGGUUGCCAACAUUUGCCUUGUAUUAUCACAGAAGUAAUUUUGUGCUAUUCUUGCAUUUUCAAAUGUUUACAUUGUUUUGUAUCUGUUAUAAUACUCAAAAUACAGAGUAUUUAAAAUAAAUAUUUAAAAUAAACUAUUG